AUGUCCACCACAGAUUUUGUCCCAGAUGUUGGUCCGCCUUCGCCCCCUGACUCCAUCGAAUUUAAAAGAGCCAUCGUAGGCCAGAGGGCCGACCUGGCGGAAUCCACCGGGGACAUUGCCGAGACUGAGGCCGACGAUCUCUCCUCGUUGGGAGCUGAUGGCGCGCCUUCCCCCGAUGGAGACUCGAAGGCCAAAGAGGCUAGAGAUACUGAUUAUCCUCCUCUCACCAAUACGGCCGGAAAGGAGGCGGCAGCCCGGGAGAGCGAGCGGGUCAGGUCCUAUAGGGCGGGCGGCAUCCGGUUCGCACCCUGGAACAUUCCGUACCGGCGCCGACUGCAGACGCUGGCCGUCUUGCUCCACUCGCUCAGCAUCGCCACACUCGUGUCGUUUUCCUUUUUUCUUUGCGCGAUCCCGCUCACAUGGCCGAUCUUGAUACCGUAUUUCCUCCAUAUGCUCCUCUCCAAGUCGGCAACCGACGGCCGGCUCCGUGCGCGCUCGGAGCGCUUCCGGCGGAGUCCCAUAUGGAAUUUCUUUGGCGAUUACUUUCCGGCCGAGCUGCACAAGACGCACGAGCUGCCAGCUACGCGCAAGUACAUCUUUGGCUACCAUCCGCACGGCAUCAUCUCGCACGGGGCUUUCGCGGCCUUCGCGACCGAGGCGCUCGGCUUCUCGGAGAAGUUUCCUGGCAUUACGAACAGCCUGCUCACGCUCGACUCCAACUUUCGUAUUCCCAUGUACCGGGACUACAUCCUGGCGAUGGGCAUUCAGUCCGUCUCCAAGGAGUCGAUUGCGAACAUCCUGUCGCGGGGCGGGCUCAACGGCGAAGGGAUGGGUCGGGCCGUUACCAUCGUGAUCGGCGGGGCCCGCGAGUCGCUCGAGGCGCAGCCGGGCACCAUGCGCCUCGUGCUGGCGGAGCGGAAAGGAUUCGUCAAGAUGGCCAUCCGCACGGGGGCCGACCUCGUUCCCGUGUUGGCGUUCGGGGAGAAUGACCUGUACGACCAGGUCAGCCCCAGGGAGCAUCCGUUGCUGCACCGGUUGCAGAUGUGGGUCCUGCGCACGCUCAAAUUCACCUUGCCCUUCUUGCACGGGCGGGGGAUCUUCAACUACGAUGUCGGACUGAUGCCGUACCGGAGGCCACUGAAUAUUGUGGUGGGCAAGCCGAUUCCCGUCGCCCAGGCCAGGGAGGGCGAGAUCAAGAGCAGUGAGAUUGACCGGCUGCAUCGCGAGUAUGUCAGGGAGUUGUCCAAGAUGUGGGAAACGUAUAAAGAUACGUUUUCUGAGGGCCGGACUGAGGAGUUGAAUAUUUUCAAGUGA